UUUCAGGAAGGUAUCAGGGGUUGCUUCCGUAAUAUGCAUUUUGUGCACUGUUUUCUCCAUAAAUUAUAACGUGGACAAAAAUGCUGUUGAUAACUUAUAUGGAAAAUGUUUUUACGGAAAUAUGGGAUGCAAACUUUAAAAGUAGGUGACUGAAAUAUUUCUGCUUCCCAUGCAUUCUUAUUAGUAAUCACAUAUUUCCUUUAAAAUGCCAGCGUGUUCUACAUACUCUCCUGACUUGAAAAAGAACUUCGAUUAUUUCCAGAGGAAAAAAGUGGGAAGCAUUCGUGAUAAUCCAAAAUUGCUGAAAAUACGGCAGCAGUUUGAAAAUGCUUCCCAAGAAACCUCGAAAAAGAAAGAUCUUCGCAAAGACAUUAAGUGGCCUGAUAGUGCACCCUCUUCCUUCAGUCUUAGUUUAUCUAAGAGUUCUGGAACUGUCAUCUUGGACGAACUUCUUAAAAUCAACUCCAAGUUUUCUAGUAAAACAGAAGUAUUUUUAAAGAGUCAGUUAGAUAAUUCGCAAAACCGGCGCCAUUCUGAGGGUGAAGUAGAAGAUCGUCAUAGUUUGACGCUUUUUACAUGUAACAGUUCCUCAGAAUUGGCUGGUCGGAAAGCGAGUGAAAACAAAUUAGGUGUAACUUCAGUUACUAAUGAAGUUUCAGUUCAGAAUAAUAGAACUUCUGGUAAACGAUCUCCUGUUGCUACUAAAAGCUUUAUACCUUCUAAGUCAAUACAAAAACAAAAGAACACUGUAAGUAAGAGAGAUACCUCUGAAAACUCAUCUUCAGAAUCUGGAGUUCACACAAACUCAUCUGCCUCAGAGGAGGAAAACAUUAAUGCAGUUUCUAAAAAUUCUGCAUAUCAUAUGUUAAAGGAAAACUCGGUUAGAUUAGUGGACAGCCAAAAAGAUGCUCCACCGAUUCCAAAACGAGGACUUUCACCAGCUGUUCAAAAUAAUUUUUCCUGUUUGACAACUUCGCGGCGAAACUUUAGUAAAGUACCUCAGCCGCUUUCUAAAGAAGUGUCUACAUCACAGAGCUUAAUCAAAGCCAAUAGCGUCCAAAAGGCCAUCCAGAUAUACGAAGGUAUGUCAUCCAAUGAUGUUAAAAAGAAUAAAAUGGUCAAAAAUCAAACCAGUCAGAAAGUAACUCCAAGAAAUUAUAUUCAUGAUAACAUCAGAAGAUCAGGCAUACCCAGGCGUUCUUCUAGGAGAAACAGCAUGCGCAAAUCUAAAUGCUUAUUGGACAAAGAUAUGCCGAAGACAUCACCAGUUCUGAAAACCUCUGAAAGUAAAACUUGCAGAGAAGAUAGUGGUAUAAUCGUGAGUGAUACGGAAGAUAAAAAUCAGAGUAUUUAUCAGACUUUGUCUACCGUAGUGAACAUAUCUCAAAGUCAAUAUGAUCCUUAUGACAGACUGAGCAGGAUCCAUGAUGUUAUGAAUCGUAUUCAUAAAGGUCAGUCAUCUACUUGCGCUGCCUGCAAAGCUAUUCCUUCGAGUGUGCUACAAUAUAGAACAAACGAAUCCUCUUUCCUUCAAGUAAAAUGCAAUGAAGCGGCUCCACAUCAUCAUCCUCCUUGCAUUUGUUUCUCGUGCCAACAUUCCAUUUUUAGUUGCUCCUUAAAGAGUGAAGCAUCCCAGCCUGAUCACGUCAAUGAAGAUAAUUUGUAUUACAAUGUUUGUUGUCUUAAUUCACCUAAUCGCGAAAGCUGGCGACAGUCCAGACGGAGACCUGUGUGUGAACAAAAUGGCCGCCUUUGUAUUGUGAACUGCGAUAUGGAACAGCAUUCUGACAACUGUGAUCUUUCGAAGUGUAGUGAGGAAUUUUACGAGAAACUGUCUGAAUGGCAUUCGACGCCAGCUGACUCAAAAAGAAGGCAUCCUACAAAGCAAAUAUGUGGGGAUUCUUGUGACAGUGAUGAAGGCUGGGUAGAUGUGACUGAUUCUGAAGAUGAAAAACCUCUGCUCUGUGAUACAAGGCAUCUCAUUUCAAACAAAAACAAUAUCAACUUUUGUAAAGGCUCAGAUGGACGUCUAACUGCCCAAAACAUUGCUUACGACUUUGAUCAAAUUGUUUCAAAAUGUGAAAAACUUGACAUCUCCAGGUCUUCAUCGACUGAACAUCUUUAUGAAAGCAUUGCUGAUUUAGAUAAUCAAAAUGCCAUAAGUAACUCUGAAGAAAAUAUUUUACAUUCUUCCAAUGGUUCAAGCACACUAUCACUAAAAAGUGAACAAAAUCCAGAAAAUGAGUUUGAUAGUGGAGAAUGGUCAACUGAGAGCGCCUCUCCAAUAUUUGAUGAAUCAUCAAAUAAGGAAAAUCUUGAACAAAAGUCAUCAACAAUUUCAAAUCAGUAUCGAUUUGCUGUGAAUAGCGAAUGCCAGGAAACAGCUAAAAAGAAUUUUAUGAAGUCAGUGCUUGGCAAGAAAGUAGUCAAUCCCAAAAAACGGCGCAUGUCAACUUUUUUUGUGCCAUGGUUAGUGUCUAAUCAAGAAUAUGGAUCAUCAUCAUCCAGACACCCUAAAAGUAAUAACAAAAAACAGAAUAGUCAUAGUCAAACAAUUUCUUCCAAGACAUCGCCUUGUAAAAACAAACGCAGUCAGUCUAUUCCUUCUAGUUCACCUAAAUUGAGCAUGUCCUGUACUAAGGCUCUUUUCAGUUCAGCAGAGGUUUUAGACAAGUACAAGGAUAAAAGCUCUGAAUUAGAUAAUUGCAGUAGAAAGUGUUUGGAAAGGAGUUUCUGUCUGAAUUCUGAAGCUGCUCAGCCAGGAUCCUCAAGAGGAUCUGUUGCUUCUUCAGCAUAUUUAAGGGCUGAUCAGUUGCAAACUACCACUGUAACUCAGAGAAAAGCAAGCAUAUCAACUGAGGCUACUAUUGAUGUUAACAUAGAACGAGUUUACCGACCGUCGACUUCUGGCGACAGUGAACACAGCUAUAUUCUCUUCCAGCCGAUAAAAGAAGAGGAAGUACCUUUGUAUCAGUUUUAUGAGAGAAAUAUCAAGGAAAGAGUAUCCUUUUGUCGUAGCCCUAGUAGUAUGUCUCCAGUUAUGUGGUCUUCAACAUCUGAAAGUGGACCAGGUAAUGAUCUUGUACCUAAAACUAUAAGGCCAACAUUUUCAGUUGUUGAACAACUGAGUCCUGAUGCCAAAGAUAUGAAAAUGCUGUGGUGUGAGCUUCCUGAGGUUAAAGAAAGUGGUAUUUUAGAAAGAAUAUCGGCCCAGGAAUUGAAAUUGCAAGAAGCUGCUUUUGAGUUUAUCCAGUCACAAGCUUCCUACAUAAGAAGUUUAAAAGUGUUGUAUGAAAAUUUCAUCAAAACACCUGAAUUUUCUGAUGUAGAGUCCUCAUCUUGUGUUCUGAGUAAACAUGAACAUGAUGUUCUUUUCUCAGACAUUAUCAGAGUGAAAGAAGUCAGUGAAAGCUUGAUGUAUGAGCUUACUGCAAGGUGGAGUGAUGGUAUUCUUAUUCCUGACAUUUGUGAUAUUAUUCAUCGCCAUGCUGUUAUGCCAUCUUUUUCAGUUUAUGUUAGAUACUGUUCCAAUAGAGUUUACCAAGAAAGAACAUUGAAAGAGCUUAAGGAGACAAGAUUAUGCUUCCUAGAGGUAUUAAGAAAGCUUGAAAGUAACCCAGCAUGUCAAGGUCUCAGUUUAGAAUCCUUCCUUUUCUUACCUAUGCAGCACAUAGCAAGGUUGCCAUUGUUGCUGGAUAAUAUAUUCAGGUGGAUUGUUCCUGAAUCACCAUCAUACAGUGUUUGUAAGAUGGCUCUUGAAGCUGUACAUAAAAUUUUUAUGGAAUGUAAUGAAGGUGCAAGGAAAAUGGAAAGACUAGAAGAAAUGUUUGUACUGAAUAAACAGUUAGAAUUCAAAGACUGCAAGGUUAUUCCUCUAAUAUCAGCAUCUAGAUGGCUGUUAAAAAAAGGGGAGCUUGUGAAACUGGAGUUUGACAAAAAAACAUUUGGGCGAUCAAGUCGUUGUGUUCGUGUUCCUGUAUUUAUUUUCCUCUUCAAUGACCUGCUAGUUGUUACGAAGCGAAAAAAUGAAGAUAGUUACAUAGUUGUGGAUUACUGUCCUAGAGAAAAAGUUCAAGCCAUGCCCAUAAAUCCAAAGGAUUUGCAGCAACCUGUUGUAGUACCAAAUACUUGUAGAUACUUGAUUUAUCUCACUUUAUUUAAUAAUCAUCAAGGCAGUGCUGUAGAUAUGAUCCUGAAUUGUGCAUUAUUGAGUGAACGAACUCGCUGGAUUGAAGCUAUUCAUUCCGUGCCUGAAAACAAGCCCUGUGAAGUAUGGGAAUAUGAUUGUCCACAAGUUCAGUGUGUCCGCAGUUAUAUAGCUCAACAGCCAGAUGAGCUUUCUCUCCAAGAAUCUGAUGUGGUUACCAUACAUAGGAAAAUGAAUGAUGGAUGGUAUGAAGGCAGAAGACUUCGAGAUGGACUUCAGGGAUGGUUUCCAGCUUCUUAUACAAUGGAUAUUCCAUGUUCACGAGCCAGAGCUUCUAAUCUUAGGCAAUGCUACAGACUUCUCAUGUUAUCACAAAAUCAAUAGUUCUAGUUGAAACUGAAAAUAAUGCAUGUAAAUGUAUAUGUCUUGUUAUAAAAUGUGAAGAUAUUCUUUACUUUGUUAAAUGUCAGACUCAACCGAAAAUAUUACUGUCAAAGUAAACAGUUUGAUUUAGAAAUUUUGACAUGUAAAUUAGGACAGUAAAAAUUGAAUGCAACAAUAAUACUUGAUGCACAACAUUUUGUUUAACUGGCUUAACAUUUGUAAAAUCAAAACCUUCUUCAAUUGAAAGAUGUUUUGAUCAGAAACUUUAUUUAUUAAGAAGGGCUUAGCAAAAUGUUUUUAUAAAUAUAUGUUAAUGAAUUUUUUUUUUCGGGGAAGAGGAGGUGGGUCAUGAUGGUAAUUUUAAUGCUAAUUUAAAAAAAUUAUGGAAUAAAUUUUCCGUUAAAUUACGUUUGAGAAAUAUUUUUACAUGUUUAAAUAUUAUAAGAUUUCCAAAAAUGUCUGAAAAUUCAUAGAAAGUUGUUCAAGACUAAAUAUAUUCAGUGAAAUAUGCUUUUACAUAUUACCCUUAUUUUAAAGUAAUAGGGUUUCUGUGAUUUGCAUAUAAUAUUUUAAGGAAAAGUAAUUAGAUAUGGUGAAAGAAAAGUUAUGUUGAGUUCUGAAGAAAUGAUACAUAUAUAUUUUCUAAUAGAGAAAUAUUUCCCAUUCUUCAGGGCUUGAUUUGUACUGCUUAAACCUCUGAAAUUCAGAUCUAGAGUCCUAGAUUUUAGUGGGAUGUUGAAUCAUCAUGUAACUCAACAUAAACCUGUUAUUCUUUGAUAAAAACAAGGGUAAUGAGCUUAGGACCUUCUAAAAAGGAUUUAGACUGUUUUAAUCAGUCUGUGUAUUUCCAUCUUUUGUUUAUAUGAUUUUAAAAUCAGAAUUAUGAGAAAAUGUGUGAAAUUAUAUGAGUGUUGGCAAUCCGUAGUAUAAGAUCAGGAUAACCGAGCUUGUUUUUCAUUGCUAAUCUUGAUUUUAACUACUGCCAAUGACAGUAUUUCCCAAACUUUUCUCAUUGCAGAAUCAAUACCUUUUAAAUUGGAACACUUGAGUAAAUUUGAGUUUUCAGUUAUUAUAAGUAGUAUUAUAAGUAUUAUAACUUAGGUAUAAGUUAAAUGUUAUCAUGUUAAAUAUAACAUAGAUACAAGUUAAAGUUUAGAUUUUUUAGUUAUGAUAAAUGACAACACAGAUGAUAAAGUGAGGGUGAUAAAUAAAAUAAACAAUUAUUUCAAUUAUUUCACACCUAUAAAAGAAACAACUUUAGACUUCACGUCUUUAGACUUGACUUUAGACGUCUUUAGACUUAAAUUUCACAGAAAAUGACACAUCAAACUAAUUAGUUGAAAUAAAUAAUAUGAAAAGUAAAUAAAACAUUUUUAGUUCUUAAUGCCUAAUGAUGCUUUUGAGUCUUCAAAGUACAGAUUCUUUUGUUAUCAGGCACAACGCUAGAAACCUGAAUUUUUACAUUAUUUGCAACAUCAAGUCGGUUUCCGUAUUUGGAUUUUGUUGCAGCAUAAUGUGAAAAACCUGUCUUGUACAAAUACGUUCUCACAACAGAAAGUAAAAUAUGAGUAGCACAUUUUGAUAAGUUUGGAUAUUCUUCUGACAAACUUAUGCAAAAUUCAUUUAACAGUUACUUUUUAAAUUUUUGUUUUUUGCUGGAAUCAGUUUUAAAAUCAAUUAAUUUUUUAAAAAAAUAGUACUCUUAAUGGUAAAAAAAAAAGGUGUGCUUAAAAAUUUUUAUAAUUACUUACCAAUUUCAAAAAGAAAAGGAAAUAAAAAGAAUAAAAGUAAUUUUUAAAAUACUUAAGUGAUACAGAAACACUUCUUUAAUUUCAAGCACAGACUAGGGCCCAUCAAUGGCCAAGCGGUAAAGUCACUAAACACUGAUAGUUUAGUCUGAGGUUCAAAUCCCACCAAAUGGGUUGGCUGCAUGAGUGUUCUCGUGGUUUUUCUCAGGUGCUUUUUCAUAAUUAGUUAAAUCAAGCCAAGCAAAAAAUAUAAAUAUUAACAGAAAUGCAAUCUUACAUGCAUGCCAUUUGUAGUCACUGGUAUCAUGCUACAUUACUAAAUUUAUUAUGCAUGUGAUUUAAGCCACUUUUUUUUUAAUGUUUUCUAUCUAUGUUUCUUAUAAAAGUUGUUUUAAAUUUUGUUAAAUAAAUAAAAACAGGCAAUAUUUUGUUGUUCUGUAAUCUUACUUUAAAUUUUUCACUGAACACUUUGUGACUAUUUGCAGAAACAUAGUUUAGGAAAUGCUGGCUUGUGGUAUAUGUUAAUUUUAAAUGUCAGAAAUAAGAUUUUAAUUCUAAGAAUUUCUUUUCGAAAAUUGUAAUUAAGUAAUAUUUAAAUAAUUUGUAAAAAUUUAGAUGUUUCUUUUAAAUUAGUUAUUAUUUGUAUGCUUAAUGUGGAUGUAAAUUUUUAAUGACUGUACGUUGCUUUACUGUCCUAAUUUAAAAUAUAUAGCUGGUGAACAUUAAAGCUAGUACUGCUUAAGCAAUACGCAAAAGAAACAUUUGUUUCAUGUUCUCAAAUAACUGUACAUAUUUUGUUUAAUUGUUGUGCUGUUAUGAUAUGUAAAAACUUGUAUUUAGUAGUAUGCUUUUUAAAGGUGGUUUUGUAAAAAAUUGUUUUAAAAGAAAAUAAACAAGUUUUUAGGUAA